AUGGCGCUUAGUGACACAAUAACACCGGGUGUUACUGAAAUCACCCUUGAGCGUGCCGUCCCAGUGAACAUCACUUCUCCAAAUUACCCUUCCGACUACAACAUCGGUGAUAACAUCGUCUGGAAGGUAUCAGCCCCUGUCAACCACAGCGUCAGGCUGGACAUCGUCGACUUCGCUACCGAAUCGAACUUCGACUUCUUGUUUGUGGGCGAUGGACUGACGCCACUGAGUUACACAGAACUUGCGAGGCUGACGGGCUAUGGGUUAAGGUCGACUGUGACGUCACAUGGCCGCCAUAUGUGGCUCAAAUUCUCCAGUAAUUACGAACUUACUAACGUUGGAUUCAUGGCAACACUGAACGCUGUGGAUCUGAGAGAUGACAAUCCUCUAAUCUUGGUGAACGGAUCUACGCUCCAACAGCUCCGCUCACCAGACUUUCCUCAUGAUGCAAGCGACAGCGUGUACGAGAUUUGGCGGAUAAUGGCUCCUCAGGAUUACAGCGUGAGGGCGCGUUUCGACUUCUUUAACAUCACCGACGGUUCUUCGCUUACCGUGGGCUACGGCUGGAGUCCUUUAGUACCCACAAUUCUAGUGGAGUUGACUGGAAGUGAAUUGCCUGAAGAUAUUACCUCACCCACUCGAAAAUUGUGGUUUAGAUUUGUGUCGGAUACUGGGGACUUCAGUAGAAGGAAACGAAGAGCGGUCGGUUCGCUUAUGGGAAGUGGAUUCUUAGUGAAUCUAACAGCAGACAGGACUGAAGAUAUCAACGAGUGCCUGAGUAACCCUUGUCAUAAUGGAGGCACGUGUUCAGACAUCGAUGGCGGUUUCCAGUGCUUUUGUCUCGAAGGCUUUAAAGGGGAUUACUGUCAAACAGAGGAGAAUGAGUGUCAGAGCAAUCCGUGCCAAAACAAUGCCUCCUGCGAAGAUGGAAUAAACACUUUUACUUGCCGAUGCCCCAAUGGUUUCACUGGAUUGUAUUGCGAGACUAUCUUAGAGGAGAAUGAGUGUCAGAGCAAUCCGUGCCAAAACAAUGCCUCCUGCGGAGAUGGAAUAAACACUUUUACUUGCCGAUGCCCCAAUGGUUUCACUGGAUUGUAUUGCGAGACUAUCUUAGAUACCAGCAUCUCUGUGAUAGAAAGUGAAUGGAACGAAAUCACUGUCAUAUCUUCACCCGGCUAUCCAUCCUACUACGACUCGAACCUCGACCUUACUUGGGUACUCACGGCUCCAGAGGGUCACAUCCUCCAGAUACAGAUCCUACACCUGGCCCUAGAGACGGACUACGAUUACUUGUACAUUGGUUCUGGGCCUGGUCCCAAUGAACCUGGUUCUUGGGUGCUUCAGAAACUGACCGGGUAUAACUAUUCCAGUGCACUCGCUACACCCGGUCACUCUAUGUGGGUCAGGUUUACCACGGAUGUCUCAAGGGGUGAUAUUGGCUUCAGUCUUCGUGCCACAGCUAUACUAAACCCUGAAUGCAGCAGCGGUCAAAUGCAAUGUUCGAGUGGACUGUGUAUCAGCGAAUCGGCAAGGUGUGACGGAAAUAACGACUGUCUCGAUUUCUCAGAUGAGGAAUACUGUCCGUACUGCGAACAAGUUCAUUUAGAUAUAUGUAGACAGAGCCUGGCCUACAAUUUGACUUUUUUCCCGAAUCGGAACGCAGAGACAGCAGACGCUGCAGCGGGAGGCUUUAAAGACAUGGCAGAUACUAUAUCAUCGUGCCAUGAUCACCUGUUCCCUUUCAUGUGCACCGUAUACUAUCCGGAAUGCACCCAUAACGGCCCCACCCAUCGGGUGUGCUACUCCGACUGUUUAGCAGUCACUGAUGCCUGCAAGGCAUCCUUUGAGCAACUCCUCGACCGCCCUUGGCCCGUCAACUGUUCCAUGUUUACCGAUGAACAGGAGGAAGAUGGGAGCUGUUUUGGCCCUGCGGGAGAUCUUUUGGAUACCAACAUAUGCGGGACACGCCCUGCAUACGCCCCCGACCAAUCCAGGGUUGUUGGUGGUAUCAACGCACGCCCCGUGGAAUUCCCUUGGAUUGGUUCACUCCGCCUCGAAGGAUUGGAUUUUGGAUUUGGAGGACAUUGGUGUGGGUCUACCCUGAUCAACUCUCAAUGGGUUCUUACCGCAGCUCACUGCGUUGAUUACUACGUCGAUCGUGUAGUUUUUGGGAACGCACAUUUGACGGAUGACUCCGACAACGAGGUAGCGGUUGAGGUGGCUGAUAUUUUUGUCCAUCCCGAGUACUACAUCUCUACGCUCAUCAACGACAUCGCUCUGAUACGACUUGCUGAACCGGUGACAUUCAGUGACUACGUUACACCCGCGUGUCUGUCGGAAUCCUCGAAUGAACUCAAGGACUAUCGUCGCUGCCUCGUCGCUGGAUGGGGAACUACACUGGAAGGCCCACCGUUGACGGUGAGCAUGAAAAAAGCAGUGGUGAACCUUCUUGAUCGAAACUGGUGCAAUUCUAAUCUUUCCUACGACGGGGCUGUGGCAGAAGAAAUGAUAUGUGCUGGAUAUGCGCCAGGUGGAAUUGAUGCUUGUAAGGGAGACAGCGGCGGGCCUUUGACCUGUGAGGGUGAUGAUGGUCGGUGGCAUCUAGUCGGAACAACAAUCUUUGGAGGAGAAUGCGCAAAAUCACUCUCGCCCGGCGUCUACACCCGAAUCUCACAGUUCCAGUCAUUUAUUACAGCUGUGGUUUCAGGAGCAAUAACACCGGGUGUUACUGAAAUCACCCUUGAGCGUGCCGUCCCAGUGAACAUCACUUCUCCAAAUUACCCUUCCAACUACAACGUCGGUGAUAACAUCGUCUGGAAGGUAUCAGCCCCUGUCAACCACAGCGUCAGGCUGGGCAUCGUCGACUUCGCUAUCGAAUCGAACAUCGACUGCUUGUUCGUGGGCGAUGGACUGACGCCACUGAGUUACACAGAGCUUGCGAGGCUCACGGGCUAUGGGUUAAGGUCGAUUGUGACGUCACAUAGCCGCCAUAUGUGGCUAAAAUUCUCCAGUAAUUACGAACGUACAGACGUUGGGUUCAUGGCAACACUGAACGCUGUGGAUCCGAGAGAUGACAAUCCUCUAAUCUUGGUGAACGAGUCUACGGUCCAACAGCUCCGCUCACCAGACUUUCCUUUUGAUGCAAGCGACAGCGUGCACGAGAUUUGGCGGAUAAUGGCUCCUCAGGAUUACAGCGUGAGGGCGCGUUUCGACUUCUUUAACCUCACCAACGGUUCUUCGCUUACCGUGGGCUACGGCUCGAGUCCUUUAAUAACCACAAUCCUAGUGGAGUUGACUGGAAGUGAAUUGCCUGAAGAUAUUACUUCCCCCAAUCGAAAAUUGUGGUUUAGAUUUGUGUCGGAUACUGGGGACUCCAGUAGAAGGAAACGAAGAGUGGUCGGUUCGUUUAUGGGAAGAGGAUUCUUGGUGAAUCUAACAGUAGAAAGGACUGAAGAUAUCAACGAGUGCCUGAGUAACCCUUGUCAUAAUGGAGGCACGUGUUCAGACAUCGAUGGAGGUUUCCAGUGCUUCUGUCCCGAAGGCUUCAAAGGGGAUUACUGUCAAACAGGUCAGGACAAUACAAAUGGACUCGAUACCCUCAAGACAUAGCACCACGAAGAGAUAGCUAGACAAGAAUAUAAUCAUUCAGUAAGGCAGUGGUGUAGCGGGGGCCUCUGGCAUUACUGGGAUUGUCAGUAAUUUUAUUAGAUGGAUGAAGUAUAAAUUGUCGAGGCUACCAACGAGGGGGAACGAGGCACGUUUUGUUCGUUGUAUACAUCGUGCCCCUUGCAUCUACUUCAUUGGAGAGAUUUGUUCUUCAAAGUCAUGAAAAAGAUAUUGAAUACGGGAAACGGGAUACAUGUGUAUAUUAAACCUCUCUAUUUACCACGUGAAAAUGUGGCAGAUCUCUAAUUGGCUCAAAAUACCGAACCAUAACUUGAAUGAUAAUUUUUUUUCACGCUGUUCGAUAGACAUUGAAUAGAACAUAUCAAACUAGUUUACCCAAUUCACAUGAGCUACAAUGAUGAAACUUGGUCAGGUUUGUUUUUCCCUUCAAUACUGACAUUAUUACAACGUAUUGCUUUUUCUAUUACGGUAAUGGGGUUUGGUCCUCUCAACAGUACGUAAAUAUGUCAAAACAUCUGGAAUUUAAUCCGAAAUAUACGAGAUAAUACAGAUUUUUUUUCUAUCAAAGUCCAAAUGUUUUUUUUUUUUUUUU